AUGGGUUUGUUAACAAUUCUGAAGAAACUUAAGGCGAAGGAGAAAGAAGUCAGAAUACUGAUCCUAGGAUUGGACAAUGCUGGUAAAACAACAAUUGUAAAGAAAUUCAACGGUGAAGACAUCAACAGUAUAUCACCAACUUUAGGCUUCAGUAUUCAAACACUUGAGCAUAUGGGUUUUAAAUUAAAUAUUUGGGAUGUUGGUGGACAAAAAUCUCUUCGAUCCUAUUGGAGAAAUUAUUUCGAAACAACUGAUGCAUUAAUAUGGGUGGUGGAUAGUUCAGAUCGAAUACGUUUAGAGGAUUGUCGUGAAGAACUGUCGAAAUUGUUAGUUGAAGAACGUUUGGCCGGUGCAACUUUACUUGUUUUCGCUAAUAAACAAGAUUUGGCGGCAUCUUUAAAACCAUCACAAAUACGUGAAGUCUUACACCUUGACGAAAUAACUACACAUCAUUGGCUAAUUCUUGGCUGUAGUGCUGUUACUGGCGAAAAUUUACUGGAAGGUAUCAAUUGGUUAAUCAAAGAUGUGUCUUCUAGGAUAUUCUCAUUUGAUUGA